CUUUCGUUCAAGACUGUCAAUUUUCAUUUUCUUUUGCUUACAAGCAGUCGGAUAGUUCAGACGUAUUUUUGUAUACUUUGAAUAUAAACGACUAACCGCAUAGUAAAAAAUACAACAAGUAUGAUAAUAAGUGCAUAAGCAAAUGCACGAUUAAUAUUCAGUAUCUCACAAGAAGAAACGAAAAGAAUCUCGUCGGCAGUGUACUCUAGUAAAUUUUCACAAAUGGAGCUCCAAGAAAAUUGCAACGUAAUUAUAAAUGAAAAUUACAGAGGAUCAACAGACAAUUUUUUCGAUGACCCACAUCCUGAGGUUGUUAAAAUGAAACUUAAAAACGAACAUGAACCGUUGAAACGAGAAUCUACUGUUCACCGAACAACGUAUUUCGAAACCUUAGUGCAUUUAUUUAAAGGAAAUGUAGGACCAGGAUGCUUCGCGAUGGCACAUGCAGUCAAAAAUGGAGGCUUAAUACUUGCUCCCAUUCUCACUUUAAUUCUUGGUGCGGUAUGUGUACAUGUUCAGCAUAUUCUUCUCAAAUGUUCGUCAAAAAUGAAAUAUCGUUAUAAUCUUGAAGUAUAUCCUGACUACGCAGAGACAGUGGAACUAGUAUUCGAGAGCAGCACAAAUUCACACUGUAGAAAGCUAUCCAAAACAAUGAAAGGAGUUUGUAAUGCCUUCAUUUGCAUCACACAGCUUGGUUUCUGUUGCAUUUAUUUCUUAUUUAUUGGCACCAACUUAAAACAAAUUUUAGACUUUUAUGGAUUCAAUAUGAAUCUCUAUAUAUUGAUUGCACUGACACUGAUCCCAAUUUGGCUCUCUUCUCUUAUCACGAACUUAAAAUUUCUCGCUCCAUGUUCAGGAAUUGCAAAUAUCUGCAUGAUAACAGGCUUAACAAUUUCUUAUUACUAUUCUUCACAAGAUUUGCCGCCGAUAUCAACAAGGGACUUCAUUCCAUCUGAUUUUCGUACACUCCCACUUUUCUUCGGCACUACAAUUUUUGCUUUUGAAGGAAUCGCUUUAGUUUUGCCACUCAAAAAUGCUAUGAAGCAACCACAAAGCUUUUCAAAAGUGUUUGGGGUUCUUAAUGUUGGAAUGGUCUUUGUUACUGCUAUAUUCAUCUCAUUUGGCACAAUUGGUUACUGGAAAUAUGGUGAAGAUACAGCAGCUUCAUUGACUCUCAACCUCCCAAUUGACGAAAUCCCAGCUCAAGUAGUUAAAUUAGCAAUUGCAACCGGUGUUUUAUUAGGAUAUGCGAUUCAAUUCUUCGUUGCCAUCCAAAUUAUGUUUCCAAAUAUCCAAAAGAUGAAUAAUUUUUCAAGGACUCAUGCACUGAUUGGGGAACUAACCUUCAGAACAAUUAUGGUGUUUGUUACAUUAACUGUUGCCAUCUUAAUUCCAGAACUUGACUUAUUGCUUAGUCUUAUCGGUGCAGUUUGCAGUACAGUUCUAGCAUUAGUUCUUCCUCCUUUAAUGGAAUUUAUAUUAGUGUCAUGUGAAGAAAAUCAACAUAAAUGGCAUUCAUGGGGAAAUUUGUCAGUCGAUUUUUUACAGUCAACGAAGGAACAUCAAAUGGAAGUUAAAAAGGAAGAAUUUGAACCUGAUGAAAAAGUCAAAAAACAUGCCACGACGUAUGUUGAGACAAUUGUGCAUUUUGUAAAGGCUGGGUUGGGUUCCGGAAUAUUUGCUAUGGCUGAAGCAUAUAGUAAUGUCGGUCUGAUUCUUGCCCCAAUCAUAACAGCCUUUUUGUCGUAUGUGUGCCUUUACGAACAACAUGUUCUUCUAAGAUCUGCAGCCAAUGUGCGAGAAUUUUAUGGAAUCGAAAGAAUACCUGAUUAUGGUGAAACAUUUCAACUUGCUUUAUUAGCUAAUGACAGAUGGAAGAUGCACGCACGAAAGAUGAAGAUUGUAUCAAAUAUCUUCCUGAUUCUUACGCAAUUGGGAUUUUGUGCUGUAUAUUUUGUUUUCAUUGGAUCAACUAUGCAGCAUUUCCUUCAAUUUUACGGCAUUGAGUUCGGAGUGAGAGCAAUUAUAUCGAUGUCUUUAAUUCCGAUCGGACUAAGUUCAUUGAUAACUAAUCUCAAGUUCUUAGCACCGUGCUCAGGAAUUGCUGGAGUUUGCAUGAUUGUUGGUAUUUCAAUCACCUUCUACUAUCUGUCAUUAGAUUUGCCACCCAUCACAGAUCGAGCACUUUCAAUUGCAACUUUCGCCAGUAUAUCACUCUUUUUUGGUACAGUAAUCUAUGUAUUUGAAGGAAUUGGAAUUGUUCUUCCUCUGCAAAGUGAAAUGAAACAUCCUAAUAAUUUCUCUCGGAAGCUUGGCGUACUUAAUAUUGGCGUUUUAAUUCUUACGAGUUUUGUGAUAACAUUUGGCUUCUUUGGAUACUGGCAAUACGGUCCAGACGUUGCAAGUUCAUUGACAUUAAAUUUACCACAAGAUGAAAUUUUGGCUCAAAGUGUUAAUAUUAUCAUAGUCGUUGGUGUUGCUUUAGGGUAUGCUCUUCAGUUUUACAUACCUAUACAAAUUUUAUUUCCACUCGUUAGACGAUCGUUGACUUGUGCUUCAAAUAAUCCAAUGAUCAGUGAAUUAGCUUUCAGAAUAUUUAUGGUGUUAGUGACAUUUACAGUUGCUAUCCUUGUGCCUAAUGUUGGCUUAUUAAUUAGUUUGAUUGGUGCUGUUUGUUCAAACUCACUCGCACUUGUUUUCCCAGUUAUUAUUGAAUAUUUAGUCAUGACCAGAGGAGACAACAAAAUGUCGUGGUUCCAUUCGAUUAAAAAUAUUUUAAUUUUAACACUCGCAACUGUUGGAUUCUUAAGUGGUGGAUAUCAAAGUAUUUUAGGAAUAAUUGAUUUGUAUACUUAAACUGUAAUAAAUUAAUAUUUAUUGUUUGAC